GAAAAUUUCCGCUCCGUGGGACGGCGCCCUUAGGCUUCUCUUUGGUAAUGAAUAUCCGAAGCGCAUGUGUAAUAUAAAGUUGACUAAACAAUAUCGUGACAGUACCACGCAAUGGAAUAUUUGUUAAAUGGCCUAUCUUUUAUAUUAAUUUGGAUUUUUACAGUUUCAUCAGUUGUUGCACAUUAUUGUGUAUGGGGAUUAUGUGAAUCUUGGGAGUAUUGCUGUGAUGAGAAUCUAUGCUGUACCUAUGAUGAUUACAACGUAUGGAUUGCAGUGAUAAUCAUAGCUGGAGUUGUAAUUGGCAUGAUAUUUGCUGGUAUAUGUCUUUACUAUAAUUUUCAACGUAUCUAUGUUUACUUGCGUCAAAGAUGCUACAGUAUUAAUUCUGUUCCAAUACCUUCAGAGUUUGAGUCUGAUGUAAAAAUCUGAUCAAUAUACUCAUCAUAAUUUAUUUCUAUUAUUAGGGAAUAAGUAUAUCAUACUAUGAUGUUAAGACUAGUUUUAUUUAUUUUAUAUCCUUUUAAUCAUUACAUUUAUUAUAUAUAUGCAUUACUAAUAAUUUUUAUA